GGCCGGUAACAACCGUUGCCGGAUAGUUUUUCUGCACGAGUAGUCAGGUCAAGGUCCGGGGCGAUAGCAGAAAAACUAUACGGCAGGUUGUUUCCGGCCUGUUUUUUUGUUACCUUUGUUUUGUAUCUGACCUGUACGACGUUUCAAGAAAGAAGUAGUACAUUUUGGAUUUAGAAGAGGUAGCAAAACUAAAGAUAUCAGAAACUUAAAUGGUCAUAUACCAGUUAAUAAAUAUCUGGUGAAUAUGGACAAGAUUGGCAAAAAAAUAAACAACUGGCAACUACCAGUUUUUGCUUUGGGUCCGCAUGAACAGGAUUUGGAUGCAUUGAUACGUGGAAGCUGGUUUUCCAGUUGUAUGAAUAUAAACGACACAGAAUGGGAGAAACACUGCGAAACAACCGAUGAAGUAUUAAGAUGUGUAAUGACACAUGUCAAGAAAUUUGCAAAUGAAAAUUUUGAAGGUCUUAUCAUCAAUGAUGACGUAGUCCGAUUUGGAAGUUCGAGGGAUGGGUUAAAGGUCAUCGAUGCUUUAGAGUUUGAUUGCAUACUUUUGUUUGAUAUAAGUGGAAUGAUAGUGUCGAAAGAGUUGGCAAGAUAUAAUUCCUCUGAGGAAAUUCUUGGCAUGAUGAAACUUUGUGUCAAUAAUGCUAAAUAUCUUAUAUCAAGAUUUCCUUGGAUAGAAAAGACAGAAAUAUUUAAAAAGUUUGCAAAUGGAAAGUACUUCUUAAACACAAAAAACUUGCAGGAGAAAGUUUUCAAAUCUAUAAUUGACAAAACACGAAAAGUGAUAAAUGACCAAUUACAUGAUAUACACAGUCCUUUUUUUAUUCGCCGUACCUCAAAACCCCCUACAUUUGAUAUCAACAUAACGCUAAACAAAGAAAAAGAUAUUACUGAUCUUCGUGACGACAUCAGAUUGGUACAAGGGGUGCAUGUGGCAAUAGAGUCCGAUAAAAAACCAAGCCUUGAUAUUGAUUUUGUCCCAGCAUUUCAUUUACGGAAUGAUCGUGUUCCCAACCCAUAUACUGAAAAAUUACCUCAUGGAUUUGGAAUUGAACAAAUGAACUGUCAAGUUUAUGCUGUAAUGAAGUGGGCACAUCGCAGCACAGAAGCCUCCUCAACGUUUGACAGUGAUUGUUUAUGGAGAGAAUGUACGUCUGGAUAUGAAAAACAGAUACUUGAUAUUUGUAGACGAAACAACAGUCAAAGAUACCUUAUGACUGCUUGUCGUUUGCUGAAAUCGUAUGUAGCCAAUCAGCAUAAAACAAAUCAGAUAAGAUCAGUUGCUGCAUCUCAACAUUUAAAGACUAUUUGUUUCUACUGCGUUACUUUUCUUACAACACCAAGCGACCAUAAUUCACUAUCUGGUUUGAAAGAGGCUCUAGGAUAUUUUCUCUUUUUUCUUGGUCUAUGCAUAGAAAGCAAAAACCUGCCUCAUUUCUUCUUUGGAAAUCCAUGGUUAUGCACUCACUUUCCUCAUAGCUCGUUUGGGCAUGGUCAAAAACAGAAGAACCUUUAUAGCUCUGUUAAAUGGGAAACCUAUAGACAAGCUUCAUUAAGCUAUACAAAUAUGCUAGAUGAUUUGAAAGGACUUUAUACUGAGUCUUGUCAGCUAGAUACUUAUCGCAUAGAACAAUUCAAAGAACAUUUGGGUUUGAAACACACCUACAGAAAGCCAAAAUUUGAACUAAUUACUAGUAAAUUAUAUUCAGUAUGGGAAUUAUGCAUUUGCUUAACUAUACUCAUGCUGAAAUUAAAAACAUUUAUUUACUUAACAAUACUAUUACCUUUCAUCAUAGCUAUUACAAUGACCUACAUUCUCUCUUGUUCUCUUACUGUUCUGUUAUUUCUUUUGCUUGUUCAUUGUUAUUCAUUUGACUUGUUCACUUUCAUGUUUUGGACUUUUUCUGUGUUAUCUUUUGUCAUUUUAUUUGAACCAAUUACUAGUACAUUAUAUUCAGUAUGGAAAUUAUGUAUUUGCUUAACUAUACUUAUUCUCAAAUUAAAAACAUUUAUUUACUUUACAAUACUAUUACCAUUCAUCAUAGCUAUUACAAUGACCUACAUUCUCUCUUGUUCUCUUACUGUUCUGUUAUUUCUUUUGCUUGCUCAUUGUUAUGCAUUUAACUUGUUCACUUUCGUGUUAUGGACUUUUUCUAUGUUAUCUUUCGUCAUUUUAUACUCUAAUAGGGUAUAG